AUGUAUGUUGAUCCAUAUCGUGUCCCCUGCUCGUCGUCUCCUUCCACCGGUGUGCAGCUGCAGUCAGGCGACUACGAGCAUCGCAACGAGUGGGACUUCGAGUUCCUGGGGUCGCCCAACAACUCGCGAGGCAUGACGCUGCAGACCAACGUGUUCAUGAACGGCCAGGGCGACGAGGAGGUCCUCACCGCCUUUGCCUUCGACCCUGCUGCUGCCUUCCACACGUACACCAUUCAGUGGGGCCCGCAGCGGACCGUGUGGUUGGUGGACGGAGUGAACAUCCGCACGGUGAGCAACAACAGCCCGCACUACCCCAAGGACCCCAUGAAGGUCUACUUCAGCAUCUGGGACGCCUCCCCCUGGGCCACUGGGCCCCGCACUGCCCGCAUCCCCGUCAACUACGAUUAUGCUCCUGACACGUCAUUAUCUUCGGUAGACCCACGCGAGGUCGUCGAAACCAUCGCCGAGUCGCUGAGCGAUUUCGCCGCCGCCGUGAAUUCCGGGGAUGCGUGCGGCAUUCUGGACUUCUUCCCCGAAACUUCGUCGAUCCUUCCUCCUCAUUCCCCGGAGCUGCUUCUCAAUGUGAGCGCGCUGCGGCUGAGCCUCGUGCAGCAGCUGCUGGCGCUCGACAUUAGAUUGCGCUUUAAUGUCCUCGAGGCCUGGGUGGGCAAGGGCGACCCGGGGAAAGUCAGAGACGCGAUCGGGACACUAGGAACGCGAAGAGAUCCGGCGACAGGGGCAGCGACAGCGACUGCGCAGCAGCAGCAGCAGAGGGGGGAGGAGACAGAGGAAGAGGAAGAAGAGGAAGAGGCGGAAGAAGAGGAGGGCGUGGAGGGCAGUGCGGCGGGUGAGGAAGGCGCGGGCGUGCUGCGAGGCGGUGACCUGUUCGCCGUGGCUCGCAUCGCAUUCACUGCAAACUGCCUUGGCGCGACUCGGCGGAGCGGCCAGGCGGAGCAAGGAGGCAAGCGAACUUCAGGCGGCGAGGAGGUCGAGGAAACACGCGAGGAAGCUUCCGUGUGCGAAUCAGCGUGCGUGGAGGGGUCCAUUCUGGCCACGUGGCACAGAUCUGCUGAGCUGGCGUGCAGCGGGGUUAAGGCGACGAGCCCUGAGAGCGGGGGCAUUGAGGGCGAGAGCAUACCUGGGUGCCGUGCACGAGGGGCACGCAAUGACCACUCCAAGGUGUGGCGCCUCCACUGGGCCGCCUGGAACCACGCCAACCGCACCUGCCAGAACCGCAGAGCACCGCAUUCCAGCGCUUGGGGCGAUGCAAAGGGGUUGGUGCAGGCAGGGAGUGAGGGUAAGGCUGGCAGGAAGGGCAUGCGGCAGCUGCUGGUGACGCCACAAGCCACCGCUUGGCUCACUGCUGGUCCUGCUGAUGUCAGCAACGAGGGGGGCGACGUGAGCAGCAGUGCAGUGCAGGCUCAGGAGAGUGAGGGGUUGGGCGAGAGGAGUGGUGGUGAGGCGGUGGAGGGUGGUUGUGCGCAGUGGAAGGUGGAGGCUGCGUUGGCAGCACUCACAGUGGCGCUGCUCAACGGCAAUGCCACUGCCGCUGCACAGAUAUUCGCCCCAGGUGCCGUGCUCUUCCCCCCGGCCUCCCUGCCGCUGCACACCGCUGCACAGGCGGCGGCGUGGCUGCAGCCAAUCACGGGCCGCCGCCUCAUCUUCCAGCCUCAAUUGGAGGAGCUGCUCGUGCUGCAGGCUGCCACGUGGCAUGCUCUAGAGGGUGACACGUGGCAUGCCACGGCGCUCCAGGCAGCAGCAGCAGGCGGAGUGGGGUCAUCACCGACCGUGGUGGUGACACGAGGCGUGUACCGGCUGUGGGAGCUCAACGGUAAGCCUCCUGCCUGCCUGCGCUCUACUUGUGUCUGCUGCCACCAUUUCUUGUCCUGCUUGCCUCGUUACCGCUUUGAGCCAUAG